CUGAACAUGGCGGGGGUGUUUGAGGUGGAGGUGGACGGUGUAGAGCACGACCAUGGACACGAACACGAAGUUGAAGCUAUCCAGGUUGACCUGUCCCAGCUGUCACCAGAGGAGAAAUGGAGAGUGGAACAUGCAAGAAUGCACGCCAAACACAAAGGGCACGAGGCCAUGCAUGCUGAGAUGGUACUCAUCCUCAUCGUCACUCUUGUUGUUGCCCAGCUCCUCCUGGUUCAGUGGAAACAGAGACAUGCUAAAUCAUACAAUUUGGUGACCCUCUUUCAAAUGUGGGUGGUCCCACUUUACUUCACCACGAAGCUGCACUGGUGGAGGUUCUUGGUGACGUGGACCAUCUUCUCAGUGGUCACAGCCUUCAUCACCUUCCGAGCCACUCGCAAACCUCUGGACUGCACCACACCGAGGCUGGUAUACAAAUGGUUUCUCCUUCUGUACAAGAUCAGUUACACAACAGGAAUUGUGGGAUAUUCUGUUGUCAUGUUCACCCUCUUUGGCAUCAAUCUUAUAUUUAGAAUAAAGCCAGAAGACUCCAUGGAUUUUGGCGUUUCCAUGCUCUUUUAUGGCCUCUAUUAUGGAGUUCUGGGCAGAGACUUUGCUGAGAUGUGUGCAGACUUUAUGGCUUCUACAGUAGGGUAUUACAGUGCGUCAGGGAUGCCCACCAAACACCUGUCUGACAGCAUCUGUGCUGUGUGUGGCCAGCCCAUCCUGGUGAACGUGGAUGAGGAGGGAAUCAUGGAAAAUACCUACAGGCUCUCCUGCAACCAUGUAUUUCAUGAAUUUUGCAUACGCGGGUGGUGCAUUGUGGGCAAGAAGCAGACAUGCCCAUACUGCAAAGAAAAAGUGGACCUCAAGAGGAUGUUCAGUAAUCCAUGGGAGCGACCUCACGUGAUGUAUGGACAGUUACUGGACUGGCUUCGCUAUCUUGUAGCCUGGCAGCCGGUGAUUAUCGGAGUAGUACAGGGCAUCAACUAUAUCUUGGGCCUGGAGUGACCCUGCUGAACCCCUGCUGAGAGAGAGACUUUGCACUCAAUCUGCCCAGGCAGGAGUCUUUAGCCUCAAGGAUGCUCGGACUGGAACUUACCAAAAGUGUAAUGUACUGUAUAUAAGCACACCCCGUGCUUACCUGUAUUUAAAAAAAAAAAAAGAAAAAAAAAAAGAAAGAAAUUCUGGCUCUGGACGUGUUUGUAAAUGAUGUUUUUGAACAUUUGAAAUGGAAACUUUAUUUUGGGCUCAUAGUUUACUUUUUUUUUUAAUUAAUGAUUAUUGUUUUUAAUCAUAACCUGUAUCUUAACACGUAAUUUAAAUUGGCUGUAGGUUACAGAUUCAAAUGAAAUAAAUCGGCCCGUUCUUUGUCAGUCUUAGUAGUAGAAUUUAGUUUUCUAAUUAUUUAUCAUAAUUAUGGUCUGUGGUGUGUGUGCGUGUGUUAAUAAAAUCUUGGUGAGGACGAUACACUUACACACCAGCAUCUCUACAGCUCAUGUGUUGUUUUUUUGCAGACUCGCAUACACAUUUACAUGUCACUGUGGGUCUGCUUAAGUGGUGAUGAUGGCUGCUGCUGCUAUCUCAUUCUGAAAAGUUGGAAAGUUCUGAAAAGGGGUCAUCAAUCAGCCAGCAGAGGUCGUAAUUGCAUCAGUUAUGAGGUCCUGGCUCCGGCUCUCACCCUGUAUGAACAGCAGCCAAUCGUUGUUCGUCUAGCUGCCCAGCCUACCGGAUUUUUGAACUGACGAGUUCAAAAUGUCAGCUCUGGUGUGCUAGCGUGUUUUACCGCUGUGCCACCUGAGUGGCCUUAUCACACUUUAAAACCUAAAAAAUCAUAUAUGAGUUUUCCCACUUGCAUUUUGCUUCUUUUCUACUGCUGCUGACCUUCACUCCUGACCAGUGAGGGGCCGUAACUAACAAACUCCCCCCUCCUACAUGUGCAUUAGGCCAGUGGUCCCCAACCACCGGGCCGCUGACCGGUACCGGUCCGGGGGCUACUUAUUACUGGGCCGAACAAAAAGAAUGAUUAAUUAGAGAUUGCUAGAAAAGCAGUUUUCACUGCUUCUAUUUCGGUUGAUACUGUCACCCCUAGGUGGGAGCAGCGUCUCGUUGCGGCGAAAAAAGCUCAUUUUACAUCGUUUGUGAGCAAUAUUAUUAAAUCCUCUCUUCCCUGCCGGUCCGUGAAAUUAUAUCUUAUAUGAAAUACUGGAGCAGUCCCCUCCAGUAUUCCCACCCUUUAGACGAGCCAAUCACGUAUGUUCAUAAAGGCACCUGGCCUGCCGGUAGCAGAGCUAAUAUUUAAACUUGUGAGUUAGAGUGGUCAGCUCUGGUGUGCUGGUGUUUUACCACUGCCUUAUUCGGCUAGAAGGUCAUGCUUUGAUCAAAUUUCUUGUCCUUAUUUGCUGAUCGUCACACCUCAAAUAACUGCAGAAGUUAGAGAAAUGCUAUUUUAGUAUUUUUUAUUUAAAGGCAUGUAGAACAAUAUUUUCAAUAAAAAACAACAAAACCUUGCAUAUGCGUUUGGCCAGGUUUAACCAUAAUUAGGUGAGAGGUUUUAAAAGUACUUGCUCCUUGUAAGAUCUUUUUAACCAUAGAUUUAACUGAUAUUAUUUUGAAGUUAUACAGUUUUAUAAUCAUAUGACAUGACUAAACAACUUUGGUUUGUUUUCUGUCAGAAUUGUAUCAAUAUUAUUGUUAAACUAAUCUUCAGGAACUUUUUUUAAUUGAAAUGAAUAAACUUUCUGACACGUG